AUGCUCCCCCUGCUCACCCUCCCUGCCCUUGUGGCCGUCGCGGCUGCCACGACCCCUUUCCGUACCCACAAGACCACUGUUCUCUUCAACAGCACCAUACCUGCAGCCCUCUUCUCCCUCGCUCGUCGACAGUGCGACGUUGCCUGCGGCGAAGGGGCAUGCCUCGAGACUGGCCAGACAUGUUGCGAUGAGGCCAUAGGUUCAUACUGUGAGGCCGGCUACGUGUGCAACCCUGACGGGUGCUGCCCCGAGGGCGAUAUCUGCGACGGACCAGCCGAGACGUGUAUUGACGAGACGGAGGCUCUCUGCGGUGUUUUCUGCAUCCCCGGUGAUGCCCAAUGCUGCAACGGCGAUGCGGGUCAGUACUGCGAAGCGGGCAGCCUCUGCGUGGAUACCGGCUGUGAGCCCGUUGACGGCGGCCCAGUUGACCCUGUUGACCCUGUCGGCCCUGUCGACCCUACCGAUCCAACAGGCCCUACCGACCCUACUGGUCCCGUCGACCCUACCGAUCCAACUGGUCCCGUGGAUCCUGCCAAUCCCACCGACCCUACCGAUCCUACCGAUCCUGUGAACCCUACCGACCCGACCCCGACGCCCGGCACCGGAAACGGCAGCGGUGGAAACAACAAUGGCGGCAACAACGGUGGCAGCAAUGGAGGCAAUGGUAACGAUGGAAACAAUGGGAAUAAUGGCAACAAUGGAAACAACGGCAACAACGGUAAUAACGGCGCCAAUGGCAGCAACGGCGCCAAUGGUGCCAAUGGUAGCAACGGCAGCAACGGUAAUGGCAACGGCAACGGCUCAGGCGCAGGUCAUGUCAGCAGCCCACAGGCGGCGCUUCUCCUGCUUAUUUGCGGAGCCUUGCUGCUUCUGUAG